UUUUAAUUUACUUCCGGUAAAAAGGUAGAAAUUUUUUUACAAAUAAUAAUAUUAUCAUUUCUCUGUAUUUUAAUUGAAAUUAGCUAUUUAAUGAUGAUAUAAUAUGAGAGGAAUAUUUGUUGGACAACAUAUCAACGAGUGAAGAUGGGAAAUUCGAUAAAACCUCACAUCGAACGUGCAGAGAAAUCAGGAGCUUGCCAACUCGGAAAACAGGGGCUUGACGAGUUCCCCCCUGAGCUCCAGAAGCUUGUGAAAAAUCUGCGAACACUGGAUUUAUCAGAGAACAAAAUAAGCAGUAUACCGCCAUCGAUAGGAGCCUUUUUGAUGCUAAAAAGUUUGAACUUAAAUCAGAAUCGUUUAGGAGGAUUACCAAAUGAACUAAGCAAGCUUAAAAAACUGGAAUCACUUCUAGUCAGCAACAACAGACUGACAAGUAUCCCUACGGCAUUUGUUGAACUAAAGGCAUUAAGGACAGUAUCUUUAUCACACAAUCAAUUAAAGACAUUUCCUCUUGGAUUUUGUGGACUGAAAAAUCUAGAUGUUAUUGACUUGUCGCAUAAUAAGAUCCUGGAGAUACCACAUGAGGUUAACAAUAUGCAGGCCAUCGAAAUCAAUUUGAAUCAAAAUCAGAUAUCUAGAUUAUCAGAGAGUAUAGCAGAAUGUCCUCGAUUGAAGGUGCUAAGAUUGGAAGAGAAUUGUCUUGAGCUGAAGGCAUUUACAACCAAGAUCAUGAAAGAGUCACAGAUAUGUUUACUAGCCAUAGAGGGGAAUGUAUUCGACAACAAAGCUUUUCAUAACUUAGAUGGUUAUGAGGAGUAUAUGGAAAGAUACACAGCAACAAAGAAGAAGUUCAAUUGAGGAUAAAAACAGUAUUAUUUACUGAAUACCUGAAUGUAAAUUUGAAGUUCAUCACUGUUUAAAUGCCUAUAUAUGUACCUAUAACAACAAAUGGUUAAUCGGACAGUACCACCAUUGUAAACUUACAUCAUGAGUGCAUCAAUUUAUUUGGAAUUCGAACACCUAAGAGAAAGGGAGGCCGAAGUCUGACCAAUUGUUUUCAUAUUCUCUGAUACGUACUUGGCAUAGCACCCGCUACAAUCAUGUACAGCUCUGUCUACAAGACAACCUAACACUUCUAUGUACAGUGUACCUGUAAAGUGGAAAACCUCUAUAAGUGGAACACCUCUGUUAGUGGAACACUUUUCAGAGUCCAACGACAAACUGACUUAAUGUUAA